GUUUUUUUUGUUAAAAACAGCAAGUGACAGAAGUGGGUCAAUUCGAAGUUAAACCACCAAAAAUGACCACUCCUGUAGCUGACCCAAACAGCUCCACCACAAUGAUGCCAAAUUACACCGAAGCACAAAGUUUUUUUGUGGACGCUCCAUACGUAAACGGAGCGGCGGAAGGUAUGAACACUCUCGGUUUAGUCGUCUUCUCCAUCUUCUUUGGCUGUAUCCUCCAACAGAUGAAGGGUAAGGGCAAACCUCUCGUCGACUUCUUUGAAUGCCUUCACCUUGCUUCCAUGAAACUAGUGACCUUAGUUAUCUGGUUUUCACCAAUCGGUAUCAUCUUCCUGAUUGCUUCCAAACUGGUAGCUAUGGAGAGGCCUGAAGACAUCUUUGAACAGCUCGGCUAUUAUAUGGCGACUGUGCUGACUGGUCUUGGUAUACAUGCGUUUAUACUCCUGCCCAUCCUCUACUUCAUCAUUGUCAGGAAGAAUCCGUAUAGAUUCAUGUACAACAUGUUGAAGGCCCUGUUGACAGCCUGGGGAACCGCGUCAAGUUCUGCCACAUUACCAAUAACAAUGGAGUGUCUAGAGGAUAACAACCACGUGGACAUCCGUGUUGUCAAGUUUGUGACCCCCAUCGGCGCUACAAUCAACAUGGAUGGUACAGCCCUGUAUGAAGCAGUAGCUUCUAUAUUUAUAGCGCAAAAUAUUGGAGUUGAGUUGGACAUCGGUCAAGUUAUAAUCAUAAGUUUGACAUCCACUGCUGCCGCUAUUGGUGCUGCUGGAAUACCACAAGCAGGUCUCGUUACCAUGACAAUUGUUCUCUCAGCAGUUGGCUUACCUAUUGACGAAAUAACCCUCAUUUUGGCGAUUGACUGGUUCCUGGACCGCUUCCGAACCGCCGUGAACGUUCUGGGUGAUUCCUACGGAGCUGGGAUCAUUGAACAUUUAUCACGAGAAGACAUGGGCACUUCCUCUGCUUAUACUCUAGAAACCGGAACUAACGGUUUUGGCAUGGAAAAUGACUUCCAUGGAUCCGACAAUCCAGUUUUUACAAAGGACGAAAUCCCUACAACCAAAAUGUGAUCGUAAUCCGUGUUUGUUUUGGUAUCAUUUACCACAGUAGCGUGUAAACGUGAACAACAUUAUAUACUUUUAUCACAUAAUUCACUGUGUUAUCCAGUGAAUAUACCCAUGUCAUAUUUUUUACGUAUUAACCUAUGAAAUAUGACCCAUCAGCCCUGUGAUUGGUUGUAAGUUUCAAUUGUUUUAAUUGUGACGUCACGCCUUGCAUAAGUAGACUCACACACUGGAGUCUUAAUGGCGGUUUUAUUUUACAUUUCAAGGUUGCAUGAAAAUCGGCGUUUUACACGAAUAAAUGCCACAAAUCUUGAUUUUGUGAU